AUGCCCGCCUGGCUAGACAGAGGUGAGAACCGGUCGAUUUCGAGUUCUAUUGUCACACUUUUAAUCGAUAGGAAUUCCCGAGUCGAUGACAAAGAAACAUUUCCAGUUGUCCGCCGGACACCAACAAGAUUCUCUAAAGGCCUACGCCAAUGAAUACUUGGAAAACCGAGGCAGUGGCAAUACGGCCAGCGAAUCCGGUGUUAAGCUGUCGGAAAACCCUGACACAAGCGCCUUCUCUGCCAUGGCCAACGCCAACCCCAAGUGA